AUGGCAAUCUUUCCGCAGUUCGGGCCGGAUCCCGAGACUUCACUGCUUCAGCAAUGCCAGUUCAUCAUCCACCGCAUCACGGUUCUACUUGAUGAGCUUGAGCAGCUCAAGGCCGCCAUCGAGAGGCGGCCAGCUUCGGGGCAUAAGCCUGUGGCGUGGAACCAGGCUGUUCCGGGGCUUGGGUUCUUUGAACGGCUUAUCGUUUCUGAGAAGAAGCAUCUUGAGAAGAUGGUGGCGGCGUAUGAUGAUGAUGGUGGCGAGGAGGAAGGAGUUGAUACCGAGGCGCUGGAUAGUCGGAUCCGGCUGAGGCUCGAUGCGUCGAAUUACAAGUUUUAUGAGACGGUGUGGGAGGUUACGAAGAGGUGUUGCGAGCUUACGGGGAUGAGGAGGGACUUGAGCUACAAGACUGUUGGCGGGAAAAGCGUGAGCGCCGUGAUUGAUUUAGUCGUGAAUGGCGGCGCGGACUGGGUCAAAGUCGUGACGACGACGGAGCGGAGGCUGUUUUACGAGAUGGCGGACGCCGGAUGGGAUUGGGAGGAGGAUUUCGAGGACGAGGGCGCGGACGAGGCCAUGUUGGAGAUUUUGAGGGACGAGACGGAGGAUAGUAUCGAGGUCGCCAAGGUCGCGAGGCACAUGGUUGCCGCGGCAAGGACGUCGUAUCAGGAUUAUCGAAGGCCGAGGGUAAGGAUACUCAUGUCGAGAGUAUCUGAGGGGGAGAAUGACGCCGUGGAUCAUUUGUUGAGGUUGGUGCGGAAGAUGGGCGGCGGGGACGUGGAUCUUGUGGUUGAGACUGCGAAUGGUCCUGGGAUCUUGACGGAGGCGACACCGCCGUUGGAGGAGGCGAUUGCGAAUCUUGUGGAGGCGGAUUAUUACAAGGAUUUCACUACGACGGUGAAUGUGGAUUGUUCGGUGUUUAUGGCGUUGGCGUCGGAUUUCAGUCACAUGGCUAUUGGACCGGACUCGGAGCUGUUGAGAUCGAAGCAGCACCGGAUCGACGCGACGGAUGAGGUUGAGAAUGGGCCGCGGUUGGUGAAUACGUUGUAUCCUGCUAUCACCGGCCGGACGCUGGUGUGUACGAGGGAGGCGGCGGAUACGUUUCUCAAGAUUGUGGGGGAUAUUGGGACUGAGGAGGAGAAGGCGAGGACGAGGAUAUUGUUUGAGAAGGGCGAGGUUGCCGAGGCAGAGGAGACAGAUCGAGAUCGCGCGCGGCGAGUGAGGUUGCUCCAGGAACUCUCUGUCUACCCUGUCCCCGAGGACCUACGCCUCCCCGUGCAGAUCGUUGACUCUGUCUCAUGGGAUGAUGCGCAGCGAAUGGUAGCAGAGGGUCAACUCCCCGCCGUCGCGCUGGCCGUCGGGGAAAAGGGGUCCGGGCUGAACGCCAUGAACGUUUCGUCGUUCUUGUACGGGUGGAAGGCGAAGCUGACGACGGUGACGUCGAACUGGGAGGCGGCCAAGAGGCUGAGGACCGUGAUUGAGACGAACCGGGUGACGGGGACGGAGGUCGGGCCGCACAUUUGGCGGAUACCGUUUUCGAGAAAGUUGCUUGCGAAGCCCAAGGUGACGCCGCCUGGUGGUGGCGAGAAGAAGGAUGGGGAGGGGUGGAGGUUGAAGACGAGGCAGGAGAGGAAGGUUGAGAAGGAGGCGAGUUUGCAGAGUUGGAUCUCGAGUGACGGGACGGAGACGGUUGCGAAGAUGACGAUAGACGAUGGCAAAUGA